UCUGAAUCGCAGCUAUUCUCUGUCAUAAAUGGACACUUUAGUCUCUUCCUGCUUUGCUACUGAUGCAGAAAUCAUGUACACUCUUUAACCUCCCUGGCGGUAUUCCCGAGUUACACUCAGGCUUACCAUGCGGCGCUGCUCCGGGAUCCCUCGAUCACUUACCUUGUCCUGCGCUCCCGUGAUGUCCCUUUUGCAGUGUCCCCGGCAAUGUCCUCCAGCGGAUGCCGGCAUCUGUCAUCUGGAUUCGUCCCCUGCGAGCGUCGGGACGUACGGGGACGGAACGGCGGGAAAUUUGAAAAUGACAAAA